AUGGGCAUAGCUGUUACUAUCCUGUUAACAAUGGUUGUUGGGCUGGUUUUCACAAUCGUGUUGUCACGGUGGUCCAGAAACCGUAACGAACCACCUUGCAUCCGUGGCUGGAUCCCCUGGCUGGGGGCUGUUUUCCAGUUUGGGAAAGCUCCGCUGGAGUUUGUAGAGCAAGCCAGACUCAAGUAUGGACCGACAUUCACUGUGUAUGUGCUGGGAAAACGAUAUACAUUUGUUACUGAGGAAGAAGGAUUUCAAGCAUUUUGUUCAUCUAAAGAUACAGACUUUGAACAGGCAGUACAACAGUCUGUCCAGCAUGCAGUUUCCGUUCCUGAAGAAAUAUUUUACAAGAACAGGAGCAGGCUUUAUAGCAUGAUGAAGGGGAUACUGUCUGUUUCAAAUCUGCAUCUGUUGUCUGACAGUCUCUGUCAGGAACUUUGGGAGAACAUGGAGGCUCUAGGUCCUGAGGGAACAAAAGAGCUCAGAGACCUUGUAAGGCAUAUCAUGUUCCCUGCAGUAGUGAACAUCUUGUUUGGAAAAGACACAUUUCUGACAGUUAGGAAUAAUAUCAAGGACUUUGAAGAGCACUUUCAAAACUUUGAUGACAACUUUGAAUAUGCUACCCAACUUCCUGAAUAUUUUAUGAAAAAAUGGUCUAUAUCUAAAAAGUGGCUUCUUAAACAUUUUGCACAAGUUGUAUUGCGUGCAGAGAAAACUAAUUUGUCACCUGGCUCUUCUAAGACACUAUUCCAGAAUGUGUUGGAGACCUUGCAUGGGAAACAGUUCAGUGCUAAUUAUGGUCUCUUGCUCCUCUGGGCAUCUCAGGCUAAUGCAAUUCCUAUUUCAUUCUGGACUCUUGCAUUUAUUCUGUCUCAGCCUUCUAUUUUCAAAAAUGUCAUGAAGGAACUAGAAUCUGUUUAUGGAAAAUCAGGUAAAGAAAAAAUCAGAGUCUCUCAGGAUGACCUUAAAAGGCUCCAGUUUACCAAGUGGUGCAUUUUGGAAACUAUACGGUUAAGGGCACCAGGGGCCAUUCUCAAGAAAGUAAUGAAUCCAAUAAAAGUUGGGAAUAUUGUUAUCCCUGCUGGUGACCUGCUGAUGUUGUCUCCAUACUGGAUUCAUAGAAACCCAAAAUAUUUUCCUGAACCCCAUAUUUUUAAACCAGAUCGUUGGAAAGAAGCAGCUUUAGAGAAAAAUACGUUCUUGGAUGGCUUUGUGGCAUUUGGAGGAGGGGCACAUCAGUGUCCAGGAAGAUGGUUUGCUCUCAUGGAGAUCCAGAUUCUAGUCAUUUUGUUCCUUCGGAAAUAUGAAUGUAGUCUUUUGGAUCCACUACCCAAAGAGAGCUAUCUUCACUUGGUAGGGACACAGCAGCCUGUGGGACCAUGCAGAAUUCAAUACAAAUUGAGAGCAUGAAGAAGAUCAAUGGUGCCCAACCCAGUUUCCUACCAGCGCCUGCCAGACUGAGCGUAUGUGGAUCUGCUCCACUCCUGCACUUCUUGUGUUAUCAGACACUUAAUAACUUCAACAUCCAGAAAUGCAUCACAGAAUUGGGACAUAUCCAGAAAAGUGCCAACUUUUUGCAUCCUGAAGGCCCAACUAAUUAUCUGAUUAACAGAAAAAGCCAGUUCAUAAGGCUGCUGCUUCAAAACAACAAAGAACAAAGUGGAUGUGCUGAAGCUGCAUAACAUCAAAGGGCCUUGUGGUUCUGAAAGACAACAUAGCAGCAUAUUGUAGCAUAAACUUGUGAGGGGGAUUCUCAGUGAAGUGAGAAGGAAUUUGAAAUAGAGAAAGUACAGAUAAUAUUUACAGCCGCUGUUCACAAAACACCUGUUGGGUGGUGACACAGACUUAAAAUUGCACCGAGUCCCUGGGUUAUGGGCAAGUUCUGUUCCUGAUACUGUCUUCAAGUUGAAUCUGUAUGUAAGACAGAUCACAUUUAUAAAAAGCACAUAGAACACUUAAAAAUACUUUCAUACAAACUAAAACAUCUUAAUCACGAUGCAGCACUGUAAAAAUAGUAACACAGUAGUAAUAUAGUAACUGCAGGUAGUGAAGAGAGAAAGAAGUGAAUUUUUGAUUGACUAAAGCCUAAUACUUUCCCAAUCACUGAUGGCAUCUCACCUUUCUCUUAUCACAUUAUUACAUCCACUUUAGUUGUGAUUUUCUUUUCUGCUAUGCAUCACUUGCACUUUAUACAAUACAUACAAUAAACAUUGUAUACAAUAUACAUUUUAUACAAUACAUAAACAUUGUAUUUAUGUUUAGGAGGGAUGUUUAUGAGCCAAAUGCAGUACAGAGUUACAGAUGGCAACACAUCACAUGAUCCAAAAUAUGGAGGCAUGAAUGCACUCCUUUUUCAUGAUUUCACUAGUACGAAAAACUUGUAGCUCUGCCUCCACGAAAUUAGUUCCAAUUUAGCUGCAUGCCACUUUUUCCCUCCUGCUUGCCUUUCCCUCCUUCCUUCCCUUCCUAUUCUUCCUCUGCUUCCUGUUCGGCACCCAAGGGUUCCCACUUGCUGUUUGAGGACAAGGCGGAACUUUGGGGUUUGCUCAUUCAUAAGUAGGGGUGGUUCUUAACUCUGAUGUUUGCCAAGCAUUUCAGGGAGAAAAUCACUCAGAUUCAUCUCGAGCU